AUGCUCGAUCCGGGCUCGGUAAUUGCACUGAUAACCAUCGCAUAUAAAGGCACAAAUCUUGCUUGGGACAUAUUCCAUGACGCGCUACAUUACUCUUCCGACUCAGAAGAUUUAAUUCUCCAGCUGGAACUCGAACGUUUCCGUUUCCAAACAUGGGCCAGAAAUGCUGGCCUUAUGGACGGCGAGCUAUCGACCGGCUUGCUUCCUAUCUACGAAACAGUGGAAAGAACACUGCGGGUAAUCGGUGGACUAUUGGAGAAUGCUGAUCAACUGCGUGAGAGGUACGGACUUUGUGCGUCGCAGUCCGAAACGCCAGAGCCAGAUAAGGUCAAGCGCUUCAUCACCAAAAUGAGAAAAUCGAUUCGAGCAAGCGGAAUCAAGCUCGAGAUCGCCGGUGCCACUGAGAACAGGGAUGAAAACGAAGAGCAGCUAUCACCUGGAGUUGGUUGUCCAGUUGGACCAGGGAAACGGCUUCGGUGGGGUGUUCGGGAUAGGAACCAGUUUCGAAAACUGAUAUCUGAUCUUGAAUGGCAUGUUCAGAAACUCAAUCAGCUGCUCACCGAAACCCAGCAAAGAGCAGUGAAAGAAGACGGGAAAAGAAUUGACAUUGUCUUUAUCGGGAAUGCAAAUGAUGAUCUAUCUCUACAGUUGAUUCGGGAAGCACUUGAACAGGAGCCUGAAACUUCAUCGAUUCGGGGCCUGGCAGAGAGAAAGGCGUUGGUUGAUGGGUCGUCAUUAACUUCACGCGCUGGACCAAUGGCUCUCAGCCCACUGACGCUGGGAGAUUUCUCGUUUCCUGCCGGAUAUCAAGCUGAAAAUCGCUUCAUGGCCAAAAAUAAACUGUCCGGUGAAUAUGUCCUUCUGGAAAGAAAGGACUAUGAUCCUGACAUAUCUGGGCGAGAUAAGCAGAUUCUAACUAUGAGAGUCAACCGACUUGUUCUCCUUUUAAGUGCAGCUAAGUCUGCAGAUUUCUGCACUCCGCAGUCGAUUGGUCUCAUUCAUGAUCCUGGAAAUCAUUGCUGGUGGAUAACGUUUAAAUUUCCUCGAGCGAGCAUCGCAGAAAUUCCCCUGGAUUCUGUCUCAACCCAGCCAAUAUCCCUCCUUUCACUUCUGGAAUCAAAAUUACGCCCACCAUUAGAAACACGACUCCGUCUUGCUAGCAUGCUAGCCACGACCUUGAGUGAGCUAUAUGGCAGUAGCUGGCUGCACAAAAACAUACGGAGCGAAAACAUUCUUUUCCCAGACCUGUAUCAAAAGAAGAAAAGCCACAAAAAUGAACCGUCGCCUCUGGAUAACUACUCUUCCCAACUAUUAUCACCCCUUAUUGCAGGUUUCAAUUACUCUCGCCAGGAAACCGAGUCCCAAACAAUUGACAAAAACCAGUUCCACCAUGACAUCAGGCCCGUCAUCUAUAGACACCCGAAUUACCAAGGUGAAGCAGCACAGGGAUACAAAAUUGGUUAUGACAUUUACUCCUUUGGUCUGGUGUUAGCGGAGAUAGCGUGGUGGGUUCCUCUGUCGUCAUUCCUCGACGCAAAGGUGACGAACACUUCGGGGCACCCGUCGUCAUUGUUGCAGAGCCGAUCUUUAAGGGGGGGCGCCACUAGUAGCACGUUGAUUGCUUCUGUUCAACUCUCCUCCAGCAUGAGCCGGUUCCAACUCCCCGAGGCACUGGAACUUCAGCGACGUGUCACUUCACGAGCAGACCGUGAGUUAGCGUUUCGUGUUGGCACUACGUAUUUUGACGCCGUGAAGUGGUGUUUGGGGUAUGCUGAUAAACACAAUGACGCCGAUAGCACCAUAUCCAACACUGAAAAUACUGCAACUACAGAAACUAUCCAAAGUUUCGGGGAUUGGCACCCGGCAUUGGACUUUUAUAAUCAAGUCGUUGUGCCAUUGAGGAAGAUUGCUAACGUGGACUGA